UCUAGUAGAGCGUGAGCGGUGACGAGCUCCAUAGAGGAGCUUUCAUCCAGACCUGCGACAGACGCACGUCUACUUUGUUUUUGUGUUGAGACGUUGACAUUUGGUGUCAUGCCGAUGUAAUCUUUACAUGAUUUGGGGCUGUGAAGCCAACUUGGAAAAGUUUAAGAGCACGGCUCACUUGGCGACACAGAAUCUGGCCGUGGAGCUACAGUUCGACGCAGAGGCUCGACAAGAGAAGCGUCGGAAAAGUUUUUAGUGCGACUUUGCGAUUUUUCUUGCUCGCAAACGUCCCGAGAAAUGGUGGGGCACCUCCACUUACAAGCGAUGGAUGAAAGCCUCAAAGGAAAGAACCGGGAAGGGCUGCUCGACAGUCCCGAUUCGGGGCUUCCCCCCAGCCCCAGUCCGCCUUUCUGCUCCCUCUCCCCGGCUCUUGUCGAGUCGCGUUCCGGCAGCUGCUCGACGCCCGUGGAGAGCCAGCAAGCGUCCUGGAAGAAGGACGCCGGUCGGGAGGGCAAACUGCUGCCUUACCUGCUGCUCAACACAGGAGACCCCAGGACGCGUAUGUAUCCGGUCUUCUAUGGGGAGAGCAUUGAAGUUGACCCAAAACCUGAAAAAGAAGUCAAGUGCACUUCAGCUAUCCGCUACGAUUCGGACAAGCACUACCAAGACCGAGUGUACUGCGUCCCCGUGCCCACGCCGACCUCAUACAGCGAAACGGUGGUGGCGGUGCCCAACUGCACCUGGAGGAGCUACAAAAGCCAAGUGUAUCUGGAACCACGGCAAAAGCCCAUCGGCUAUCAGAGCACCACCAUCGUGUACCCCAAACACGCAAAGAACAUUUAUCGCACCACGCUAACCUACAAGCCCACCGUUGCACGCCGCUGGUUUGUGUCCAGAGUGCGGCUGGAGUCAGGUGAAGAUUCGAGUCCCUGCAUUAUCUACACAGAGGACUUAUAGACACUCACUAGCUCCUGUUUUGUUUGUUCAGAACUACAUUUUAGAAGGGAGAUACACAAAAAUGCUGGAAGCUUAACCUUUUUUUAUGUUUGUCUCUACAAACCCCCAGGAUAAAAUCUUUCAACUUUCUACUGGUGCAGUUUCUUGCACCUCAUUGGCCUAUGUCUAUUUGAUGAAAAUGAGGGCUGACGAACUUUGCUCCCACGGGUGGACCUCGGUAAAAAGAACGACGUGAGUGUGGAGAAAGCAUGACAGUGAAGAGGAUUUAAUCAUGCAAGCUUUAUUGCACUUGUUUCCAUUCAUGAAAAGCAUCUCUGUGUGUGUUCCAAUGAUUGGACCAAAGUUUUUUUGUUUUGUUUAUAUUUUUAAACAGGCUAUGCGAGAUGUUCCUUAAAACCUGUAAAUGGUUCAUCACAACAUUUUCUCAACAUAUUUAUAGUUGACCCAGUCGUAACUAGGCAUCCUAUUUAUUCAUUAAAAGUGUAUUCAGGGGUGUUCGUGCCAAAAGGAAAAAAGGGACUAUAAAUGAUUGUUUUGUCUCAGCAUCAUUAUUGGUACGAGCUUUUUACUUUUUCACUGCCAGUCAUUUUCGGAAACAGAGCAUUUUGGCAUAUUUCAGGGCCCAUGUAACAUUGUUUCAUGACUAUACAGAGAUUAUUACAAUGGAGACUAACUUGUUUCAUCACUUUGUGUAUCUACCAUUAACAUGUGCAUCCAAAAAUGUGAGCGAAAAAAUAGAAAAAAUGUUAACAAAAACAAAAAUAUUUUCAACUAAAUGGCUGCCAGACAUAUGGGGGUUAAACAUUUUAUCAAUGCUGGUACUAUUUUAGCCAAUCAGAUGACUCACAAUUGCCCACGUUCCUUGUGAUGUCAUUAAUACCCAUUAUCACACGCACCUGUGCUCGGGUGCGGGCAUAACUUAUAUCAACAAAAUAGCAACACUCAUAAGCGCUGUCAUUUCUUUGUGUUUAGACUAGGGCUGUCAAAAUUAUCGCGUUAACGGGCGUUAAUAAAUUUUUUAAAUUAAUCACGUUAAAAUAUUUGACGCAAUUAACGCACCCGCUGGCAUAUUGCCUCAAACAUUACAAUGAGGCCGUUUAUGGACAUUAAGAGUGAAGAGAAUGCCACCGGCCGCUUGGGGGCAGCGCCGUUCCAUACUCAUGUUAUGUCUUCUAAACGUGGGAGAAUUAGUAGUUGUGAGGCGUUUAUGCUGUAUUCACAAUGCAAUGCAAAUUGCUAUUUGUGCUCCACACAUAUUUCGGUAAGUUUUCUUUCUUUUAGUGGCAAUUAUGUGUCUCUUGUUUUAUUUUGGGUAAGAUAUGUACAGAUACAUACUGCCAUUGGCAGUGUAUCAAAUACUUGUUCUCCCCACUGUUUAUGUUAUACAGUAAAGGCGAGUGGACGCAGGCACGCCGUUUAUUGGCAUAAGCUUCUCCUUCACAACAAACAUAAGUAUCGUUUAGUGAAAGCACAACAAAAAUAAUAUUCCUAUCUCUCUCAAAAAAAAAUAAUGUUCUCAAAAAGAAAAGCACUUCAGUCUAUAGUAAUGAGGCCCUAUUCUGACACACAGUUAAACAAUAAUGCUAAAUAAACUGGCAUUCCAUAUCAAUUUAGCUAUGCAAAAUACACGUAAAACUUUUCACUCUAUUUUUAUUAUUGUUAUUUUUAGUCUUAUUGUUAUAUUAACUCUACUUCUGAUUGAAAAUUUUACAAAUUUUAUUAAAACGAAAACAUGAAGAGGGGUUUUAAUAUAAAAUUACUAUAACUUGUAACUAUAACAUUUAUCGUUUAAGAACUCAGUCUUUCUAUCCGUGGAUCACUUUAACAGAAAGAAUGUUGAUAAUGCCAUUUGUGGAUUUAUUGUUACAAUAAACAAAUACAGUACUGAUGUACAGUAUGUUGUAUGUCUACAGUGCCUUGCAAAAGUAUUCGGCCCCCAUGAAUCUUGCAACCUUUCGCCACAUUUUAGGCUUCAAACAUAAAGAUAUGAAAUUUAAUUUUUUUGUCAAGAAUCAACAACAAGUGGGACACAAUCGUGAAGUGGAACAACAUUUAUUGGAUAAUUUAAACUUUUUUAACAAAUAAAAAACUGAAAAGUGGGGCGUGCAAUAUUAUUCGGCCCCUUUACUUUCAGUGCAGCAAACUCACUCCAGAAGUUCUGUGAGGAUCUCUGAAUGAUCCAAUGUUGUCCUAAAUGACCGAUGAUAAUGAAUAGAAUCCAAAUGUGUGUAAUCAAGUCUCCAUAUAAAUGCACCUGCUCUGUGAUAGUCUCAGGGUUCUGUUUAAAGUGCAGAGAGCAUUAUGAAAACCAAGGAACACACCAGGCAGGUCCGAGAUACUGUUGUGGAGAAGUUUAAAGCCGGAUUUGGAUACAAAAAGAUUUCCCAAGCUUUAAACAUCUCAGGGAGCACUGUGCAAGCCAUCAUAUUGAAAUGGAAGGAGCAUCAGACCACUGCAAAUCUACCAAGACCCGGCCGUCCUUCCAAACUUUCUUCUCAAACAAGGAGAAAACUGAUCAGAGAUGCAGCCAAGAGGCCCAUGAUCACUCCGGAUGAACUGCAGAGAUCUACAGCUGAGGUGGGAGAGUCUGUCCAUAGGACAACAAUCAGUCGUACACUGCACAAAUCUGGCCUUUAUGGAAGAGUGGCAAGAAGAAAGGCAUUUCUCAAAGAUAUCCAUAAAAAGUCUCGUUUAAAGUUUGCCACAAGCCACCUGAGAGACACACCAAACAUGUGGAAGAAGGUGCUCUGGUCAGAUGAAACCAAAAUUGAACUUUUUGGCCACAAUGCAAAACGAUAUGUUUGGCGUAAAAGCAACACAGCUCAUCACCCUGAACACACCAUCCCCACUGUCAAACAUGGCGGUGGCAGCAUCAUGGUUUGGGCCUGCUUUUCUUCAGCAGGGACAGGGAAGAUGGUUAAAAUUGACGGGAAGAUGGAUGCAGCCAAAUACAGGAACAUUCUGGAAGAAAACCUGUUGGUAUCUGCACAAGACCUGAGACUGGGACGGAGAUUUAUCUUCCAACAGGACAAUGAUCCAAAAUAUAAAGCCAAAUCUACAAUGGAAUGGUUCAAAAAUAAACAUAUCCAGGUGUUAGAAUGGCCAAGUCAAAGUCCAGACCUGAAUCCAAUCGAGAAUCUGUGGAAAGAGCUGAAGACUGCUGUUCACAAACACACUCCAUCAAACCACUGAGCUCAAGCUGUUUUGCAAGAAAGAAUGGGCAAGAAUGUCAGUCUGUCGAUGUGCAAAACUGAUAGAAACAUACCCCAAACGACUUGCAGCUGUAAUUGGAGCAAAAGGUGGCGCUACAAAGUAUUAACGCAAGGGGGCCGAAUAAUAUUGCAUGCCCCACUUUUCAGUUUUUUAUUUGUUAAAAAAGUUUAAAUUAUCCAAUAAAUUUUGUUCCACUUCACGAUUGUGUCCCACUUGUUGUUGAUUCUUGACAACAAAUUAAAAUUUUAUAUCUUUAUGUUUGAAGCCUGAAAUGUGGCGAAAGGUUGCAAGGUUCAAGGGGGCCGAAUACUUUUACAAGGCACUGUAUAUCCAUCAUGUGUCUUAUCUUUCCAUUCCAACAAUAAUUUACAUAAAAAUAUGGCAUAUUUUAGAGAUGGUUUGAAUUGCGAUUAAUUGCGAUUAAUUACGAUUAAUUUUUAAGCCGUAAUUAACGAUUAAAAAUUUUAACCGUUUGACAGCCCUAGUUUAGACAUUUUCUCUAUUAGAGGUCUUUAAAAAAUCACACAUUUUGAUACUUAGGAUGUGUUACUAAUUUGUUGCAAAGUAAUCAGCAGGACAUGGGUUGCUUUCACCCAAAUCACUAUUUCAGAUUAAAGAAAUGGAAAACCUUUCCACAAAAAACCCUUGACACUAAUUUUUCAUAUCCUGACUCCUCAUUUAUCAGAACAAUAUUGUCGGCCACCCAUUCCUAUAGCAAUUAGUUGAUGACUAAAGUCAUCAUGGGGCCAAAUGUUGGCUUUUAGUUGACAACUUUCCACGUCAUUGCCACGGAAUGAGUUAAAUGUAGGGCAGCAGCUAUCGAUUAUUUUAGUAGUGGCUUAAUCUAUCAACUAGUUAGUUUGAAUAAUCAGGCAUAGACUUCAUAAUGAUAUGUUGAAAUUUCUUGUCAAUAAUCCCUGAAUUCUUUAUAGAUAUGGAUGUGAAACAGUCUUGAUUCUUGGUAAAAGCACACACACACAAAAAAAAGUGCAGUUACAAUUUAUUUUACGUAAAUAUGCCGAAGUACGAUGCUCGUCUGUUAGUUAAUGUGGCGGUUUCCAUAUGUAAACAGAGCUUUUCCGGUGCAAAUUAAUGUGAAUAAAUGCUUAAAUCCCUGAAUAUUUUAUAGUUAUGGACGUAAACCAGUCUCGAUUAAAAGCAAAAAAAAAAAAAAAAAAAAAGUGCAGUUAGCAUUUAUUUUACGUAAAUAUGCCGAAGAAUGAUGCUAGUCUGUUAGACAACGUGGCGGCAGCCUUACAACAAAAAGCUUUUUACGUUGAAAAAUUCUUGUGAAAAAAUGAAAAAUAAUUACCUUGGAUCCUCGAACAAAUCACUCCCGAGACAAUCCUCCCUGUUUGUAUGUGGUACAGCUUUCGUACUUUUUCAACCUAAAUCCGGCGUUGGAUCGCUGCAUGUGUCACUGCAACCGACUGCGAAUAACUGAAGCGUCUUGUGGGAUGGACUCCUACUUGAAUGCGUGGUGCAGUGAAGGUCGAAUCUGACCUGUCAAUAUCAUUAUGAAGUCUAUAGAUGGGGUAAAGAACAUUUAAUGCGUUGCAGAAUAAAUUUUAGGAGAUGUAAAAGAAAGGCUUGCUAAGAUUGCACUUUCAAAAGAGCAUUAAAGGCGACAGCAAAAUUCCCGAGUCUUUCGUCAAACUGUGCAGAGUUGCACUUUCAUUGAAAAAUUUAUUAAAAUACCUGAGCUUAGCCUCAAACCGUAUAAAACUUUUUUAAAAAAUUUAAAAAAUUAGGACCUUAGUACAACAAAAUAACAAUUGGCUAACUUGCAUAGCAAAAGUCCCACUAGCUUAAAUGCCAUAAAAUGCUAACGUUUUUUUCCCCCCAAUGCUCUUAACAAAUCGUUCACAUAUUCCCACAAAAAAUGGCUGAAUAUACCUAUAAAUUAAAUUACAAAUGCAUUAUAAAACAUUUUAGUUAAACAAAAAACUUACCUUAUGUUGGUCUUAACAGGGAGUAGCUGGAUUCAGCCGAAUUAAAUGAGCUGUCACUAUUCACUGUUGCCACUAGAAGGCAUAGUAUCCACCUAACUGAAUAAAACUAAAUGCAAACUUUCAAAACAAACCAUUACAACACCACUCUAUAAUUAAACAAAUACUCGAAGCAGCAAAAUUUGAUUAAAAACUUUUUUAUAAUCGAAUUACCUAAUUGAUUAAUCGUUGCAGCAAUAGUUAAAUGUGUGUGCAAGUGAACUACAGUGACUGCUUCGUGAUCUAAACUAAAUAUAUGGCAGGGCUACUGAAAGAGGAUGCUGAUGAAACAAUUGUCAUUACAAUUUUACUGCCAUAAUUGUGGUCUAAUGCCCCUUUGUACAAUUGCAAAUCAAUAAUAGCUUCAGGAAAUUAAUUUAAAGCCCAAGUUAAGAUAUGUUCAACAUGUUUCUGUAUGAAAAGGUUAACUAGAAAGUGAGAGGAUCUGGUUUGUCACUAAAUGUUUUGCAUGACAAAUCCUUUACAUAAUUUUAAUUUAGAUUGCUGGCGCUUGGGAAAAAAAAGGCCUCCAAGUAUCGAAGCUAUUUUGAGUGGUGCAUGCUGGGAUUAUUGAGGGAACAGUAGGUUGAAUUUCAAGGGAUGGCAGUUUUAGUGGUGGAAAAGAGAAUGCAGAUUUUGUAGGGAGUACUGGUAGUCAAGUGUAUGGUUGGCCAAGUGUCAUGAGAGUGAGAAGAGCAAGUUGGAUGUGAACUUUGGCUGGUUUCAUGCGAGUUCAAGUGUUUUCUAACACUUGUUACUGUAAAAUAUUUUCCUGAUGUAUAUGUGGAAUUGAGGCACUUCUUCAUUCUCUUUAUAUUUUUGUACGUCAGCUGUCGUUCCUGUUCUGAUCUAAUUUAAAGAAGAUGUACGUAUAUUGUAAUUGAAUAAAAAGUAAUUAUCAAUU